CCAAAAAUAUUCCAUGUACAUGAAACACACAUUUCAACAACCAACUUAAACAAUCCUCUUACUAACUUUAAAACCCUCAAAGUUUUAAUCAACUCCAACCAACUUCAACAUCUACCUCAUUUAUCACACACACACAAAAAUUUCUCUCUUUUUUUUUUCUCCAAAUAUGUCUAAAAAUAAUGUGAGAAAACAAGUUUUAGAAAGGAGCACAAAUUUCAAAGAUACACAAAAAAUAUUGAACCAAAGUUUUUUCCAUAAUAGAAAUAACAACCUCAAGAAAGUGUACCCUAUAGGGCUUCAAAAAAGCACUUCUUCACUAUCUUUAUCUUCAGUUUCAUUAUCUUUGUCACAAAACUCAAAUGACUCUUCUCAAGCUGAUUCUUUGACUCCUUUGGAUGAAAAGAUUUCAUUGGCACUUCGUUUGAUUUCUGCUUCAUCACAUGAAAGAAGAGAAUCAACCGUUGCUAAAACUAUACAACAACAACAACAGUCAAGUCCAGUAGUGAUCACUGAGCCAGGGGAAUUGAAAAGAUGCAAUUGGAUCACAAAAAAUAGUGAUAAGCUAUACAUAGAAUUUCAUGAUGAGUGCUGGGGAGUUCCAGCUUAUGAUGACAAUAAAUUGUUUGAGCUGCUUGCAAUGUCUGGUUUGCUCAUGGAUUACAAUUGGACAGAAAUUAUUAAAAGAAAGGAACCACUUAGAGAAGUUUUUGCUGGAUUUGAUCCUUACAUUGUUGCCAAAAUGGAAGAAAAGGAAAUCAUAGAGAUAGCAUCAAACAAAGCACUUUCUUUAGCUGAUAGUAGAGUUAUGUGCAUUGUUGACAAUGCCAAAUGCAUAAUGAAGGUUGUUAGAGAAUGUGGAUCAUUUAGUAGCUACAUAUGGGGUUUUGUUAAUCACAAACCAAUAAUAAACAAAUACAAAUACCCAAGAAAUGUGCCACUAAGGAGUCCAAAAGCAGAGGCACUUAGCAAGGACAUGGUAAAACGUGGAUUUCGAUUUGUAGGACCAGUGAUAGUGCACUCUUUUAUGCAAGCUGCAGGGUUAACCAUUGAUCAUCUUGUGGAUUGUUAUAGACAUAGUGAAUGUGUAAGCCUAGCAGAAAGACCUUGGAGGCAUAUCUAACAUACAUACACUCAUUCAAUUUCGCAAUUUUCAAUUUGGUUUUGUUAGUGCAAUUACUCAAUUUUCCAAACAUGUUGAGCAAAUACUCUUUCCGACCAUUAUUAUAAGCAAAGAUUCUCUUUUUAGGUUCAGUAAAUAAUGAAUGUAUUUGGUCUACUAUGUAGACCAGAUACACUCAUUACUCAAUGAACUUUAAAAAGAGAAUAUUUGCUUAUAAUAUUAGUCAAGAAUGACACUAAUGUUGUAAUUUGUAUAAUUUCUAUUUUUUCUUGUAUAUUUUGGGUUUUGGUUUUGAGUUGUGAUAUACAAACAUAAAAAUUGACACAUUAUCCUUGACAUCAUAUAUUUUCUUGGAGCUAUAUAAUCAAAUUAUUCUUUA